UCUUCUUAAGGAUUCUCUCCUUCCACUCACUUUGGUGAGCUCUAGAAGUUUAGGGAUAGAAGAAGACCUUUUCUUCUCUGACACAAUGUUUUCUGUUUUCUCGAGGCUGAGCUCAUUGAAUCUACCUGAAAGGCCUUCUGCUCAAUUGAUUGUUCAAACUGUUAUUUCUCUUCAAAUUCCAGUUCAACUCCAAGUUAAAAGCUCUUUUUCUUCUCUCAUGUCCUUGCAAUUAUCCCAAAGAACUUUGUUCAUACCUAUAAUAAGACAUUAUUUUGUAAUUUAUGACCUCACUUGGCUCUGAGUUUUUUGAAUAUGAGGAAUUUGCCUGGUUCUGCUUAAUAUUCACAGUAGUUAGCACAGAAUUAUACCCACAGGCCCAUUAUUUAGACCCAUAAUGGUAUCCCUAUUGAGUAAUGCAUAAAUGAGGAUUAGUUUUGCUUAGAGUAAGUCUUAUGAUUACAGCAUUUGAACUUCUGUAUUUUCUAGUGUUAUAAUUUUUCCAAAAGAUUAUAAUUUAAUUUGGAUCAUGUCGAAUAUUAAUGUGUAUUUCUUUGUGCAAGAAUAUUUUUGAUGCUGAGAAUGUAUAUGUGUAUGUAUACAUGUUUUAUUUUAGGCCUUGUUUGCUGAGAUGUCAAAACUAAACCACUUUAUGGAAUCUAUGAUGUUCUCUUCAAUCUUUCUUUCUAGAGGUGCCACCAACAUUAGAUGAAAAUGUAACUGAGAUGCAACAUUUAAUAACAUUCCUGUACACAUAUAUGUGCCAAAGCAGAAGCCAGAAUCAUUAAGAUGUUUAUUUUAUAUCCAUCAUGGUGGUUGAUAUUUGAAUAGUUAUGAAAUUCCCCUGCAUGAAAUCUGUGACUUGAUGGUUUGACUGAAUAAAUUAUUCCUGGACUUUUGAAUUAUUAAUCUUGGCUGCAUGAUAUGCAAAUCAGACUGCACUAACCACGUCCUGUGCAACAGCACUAGGUCAGAAGCUGUAUCCCAUUGCUGGCAGUGUUUCUGUCAAGAUAUCGGGUCUUCCAACACAAUGGCUAUUGUUCAAUUCAAUUUAACUCAGCAGAAUUUGUUGAACAGCUACGAUACACUAAGGACCAUGACAUGGAAUGCAACUUGCAAAAACUGGCUGGCAGCAGAGGAUGCCUUGGAGAAGUACUACCUUUCCAUUUUUUAUGGAAUUGAAUUCAUUGUGGGAAUCCUCGGGAAUACCGUUGUUGUUUUUGGCUACCUCUUCUGUCUGAAGAAUUGGAACAGCAGUAACAUCUAUCUCUUUAACCUCUCCAUCUCUGACUUAGCUUUUUUAUGUACUCUUCCCAUACUGAUGAGUAGUUAUGCCAAUAGAAACUGGAUCUACGGAGAUGUGUUGUGCAUAAGCAACCGAUAUAUGCUUCAUGCCAACCUCUACACCAGCAUUCUUUUCCUCACUUUUAUCAGCAUAGAUCGAUACAUGCUCUUAAAGUAUCCUUUCCGGGAACACCUUCUGCAAAAGAAAGAGUUUGCUAUUUUAAUCUCUUUGGCCAUUUGGGUUUUAGUAACCUUAGAACUACUGCCCAUAGUUCCUCUUAUAAAUCCUGUUAUAAUUGGCAGUGACACUACCUGUAAUGAUUUUGCAAGUUCUGGGGACCCCAAAUACAGCCUCAUUUACAGCAUAUGUCUAACCUUGUUGGGAUUCCUCAUUCCUCUUUUUGUGAUGUGCUUCUUUUAUUACAAGAUUGCUCUCUUCCUAAAGCAGAGGAACAGGCAGAUUGUUACUGCUGUGCCCCUUGAAAAGCCUCUCAACUUAGUCAUCACGGCAGUGGCGAUCUUCUCUGUGCUUUUUACACCCUACCACAUCAUGCGGAACGUGAGGAUCGCUUCCCGCCUGGGGGGCUGGAUGCAGUCCCAGUGCACUCAGGUCAUCAUCAGCUCCCUGUACAUUGUGACUCGACCUUUGGCCUUUCUGAACAGCGUCAUCAACCCUGUCUUCUACUUUCUUAUGGGAGAUCACUUCAGGGAGAUGUUGGUGAAUAAACUGCAGUACUACUUCAAAUCCCUUCCAUCCUUCAGAUGAGCUUGUAAACUCACAUUUUUAUUCAGAGAAAAGGGGGAUGCUCAUGAAACAGUUGUUUAAGAAAUGCCACUCUAAGCCUAUUAGAAUUUGCUUUAAUUCUUAAAAACAAAUCAGAGAGUGUCACAGAUCUGACCCUGAUUUAUGACAAGUUGUAUUCAGAGUAUGUGAAAAGAAUGGGAUGAGGAGAAUGUAUUGGUUUCUUCACCUAAGAAUUGAAAGAAGUUGAACUGGCAUUACUUAACAUUUGGUCUAUAAGUCCCAGGUUUUAUAAGAUCUUUUCAUUCAGUGCAAAAGAAAUAGAAGAUAGCAGCAGAUCAACUGCAUUUAAUCAGUGGUUAGACUGUAAAAAAAAAUUAUUUUGACAGCACAGCAUUCUUGAUGUUAUUCUUACUCAUAUGGUCCUAAAACUUUAUGUGAGAAUUGAAUAGCAGAAGAUGAAACACAUGCUGGUAAAUAUUAUUUUUAGAGGUUGUGCUCUUGAGCAAAUUUAAAAUAAACAGUAAUAAUGAGUAAGAAAGCAAUAUAAUGAGUUCAAGGAUACCUGUGUGAUAUUUGUUUAUAUCAUGAAUUGGAUCAUGAAUUGGAGUCACCUUGUAAUUCAUCAGCCUUUUUUUGUUGCAUGGUUUACAGUGGAAAUAAUCUUAAUUUAAGUUUAAAAGAACCUAAAGAGAUAAUUCAACAAAGGGAGACAACACAUUUGAGUUUGUCUGUCAGAGAAUUUAUUUGUAAAUGAUUUUACUAAAAUAUUAGAGAGAUAUACCAAGAAUAUUUGCAAAAAUUUUAGAGUUAUAUAACACAAAGUACCUAUCAGAAAACCCAAAACAAAAUGAAAGUGAAUACAUUGUUUUUCUGAUGAUUUUUCCAUCUGGCAUUUUAUUAUCACAAUUUGACCAUCAGUGCAUGGACAUAUAUUAAAGUUCAUUAGCCUUGGUGCUCUUGAUUAAAUAGUAAACUUUAAAAUAUAUUAAAAUUAUAAAACAGCAAAUAAGGGGAAGUUAAAUGAUAAUAGAUUCACAGAGUUAGUUUUCACUUUUUUUUUUUUUUUAGAUGGAGUCUCAAUCUGUUGCCGGGGCUAGAAUACCAUGGCA